UCACAUUCAGAUUAGCCAAUGGAAAUACAGUGAAGUUUGAGUUUGACUCUUGCUAGCAAUAGCGGCGGUUAGUUACCCUGUAAACUACUCGGUGUUUAGUGGUCACGGCUCUACCGGAAGAUACAGCUUAUCCGCGAGAUCCUUUAAUUUGGGAAGUCUAAUGGAAUUGUCGCUAUGGAUGAUGUAGGAAGAACCAGUUUUAGUUCAGUGGAAGAAGAACGAUUAUAUUGGAAAGAUCUGGCAAUGCAGUAUAAAAAAUUGGUGCAGAAUGCUCAGGAGGAACUGCAGGAAUUUCAAGAAGGCAGCCGAGAGUAUGAAGCGGAACUAGAACUACAGCUGCAGCAAAUAGAAAACCAAAACAGGGACGUCCUCUCUGAAAACAAUCGCUUAAGAAUGGAACUGGAGUCUCUGAAGGAGAAGUAUGAACAGCAGCAUUCUGAUAGCAUCACACAAAUUUGUGCGUUGGAAGGAGAACUUUCCCAAACCAAGGCUGUCCGUGAUCAGCUGCAGAAGUACAUUCGAGAGCUUGAACAGGCGAAUGAUGAUCUAGAAAGGGCAAAGAGAGCAACCAUAAUGUCACUUGAGGAAUUCGAGCAGAGCCUUAAUCAGGCCAUUGAGAGAAAUGCGUUUCUGGAAAGUGAACUUGAUGAAAAAGAAAAUCUGCAAGAAUCUGUUCAGAGACUAAAAGAUGAGGCUCGAGAUUUAAGACAGGAACUGGCUGUGCAGCAUAAACAAGAGAAGCCAAAAUCCAAUGUUCCUGACAUAUCAGAAGAUGAGAGAAUGGACACCGCUGUACAAGCGUCCGUAACUGUCCCAUCAACACCCUUGGCUCAUAGAGGCCGUGUCUCUGGGUUGAGCACACCACGAUCGUUGAGAAAAAGUUUGGAUGAUGGUUACAGCGGCACUCCUCUAUCCCCAUCUGCAAGGGUAUCAGCUCUUAAUAUCGUAGGGGAUCUUCUACGGAAAGUUGGGGCUUUGGAAUCCCAACUAGCAUCUUGCAGAAAUUUUAUGUAUGAGCCGUCACCCAACAGACCACUAAAGGCCUUUUCUUCUCGCGUAAACCAAUUAAGAGACGGCAAUGAGAACAGACUGAUUAGGGCAAAUGGAUCUUCAGCUGAAAAGGGGUUUAAUAAACGUCUGGAGUUUGGAGCGAUACCUCCUAAUAUACCUGUUCAGGGAAUGCCGUCGCCUCAAGGUGUAGUCAAAAUGAUUCUUUAGUAAAAAUGGACUUUCAAAUCUCUAACUUAUUGAGAGUUUUUUUUCUCUACAUUUUAAUAUUUCUAAUAAAUAUUACAAAAGACAAACACUGGACAUACUGUAAACGGACCACAUUGUACUAAAUGUUUAGCUAUGGCUUUUGGGGGGUUUUCUUAAAGGGACAUGAAACUCAAUUUUUUUAUUUUAUUAUUCAGAUAGAGCAUGUGAUUUUAAAGAUCUUUCUAAUUUACUUUUAUUUUCAAAUUGUCUUCGUUCUCUUGGUAUCCUUUGUUGAAAAGCAUGGCCGUAAGCUCAGGAGCGUGCACAUGUCACAAGAACUAUAUGGUAGCAGUUUAGCAAACCUGUUAUCCAUUUGAUAAAGCCCUAGAUGGCAGCACUAUUUCCUGCCAUGUAGUGCUUCAGAUGGCUACCUAGGUAUCUCUUCAACAAAGAAUACCAUCGGAACAAAGCAAAUUUGAUAAUAGAAGUAAACUGGAAACCUUUUUUAAAAAUUGUAUCCUCUGUCUGAUUUACAAAAUCAUUUUUGAGGUUUUAUAUCCUAUUAAGGAUUUCUUGGUACCAUUUUUUUUUUUUUACAAACUUACAUUUCUUCUCGCACGGCAGUUCUGCUAGCGAUCUGUGAAAACAAUACUGAAUGACAUCUGUGAAUGACGUGGUGGUCUGUAGCUGAAAAUUCUGUGUAUACGUAUUUUACACAUGUUCAUUUAGAGCUGCCCUUUAACCGCGGCAGUUGUAUACUGUACAAUUUCUUGUCAGUAAUUAAUUGUGCAUCAUAAACUGCUGUAUGAAUUCCAUUGUAUUUCAAAAACUUUUGGAAUCUUUGCAAAAUAAAAAAAAAAUAAAACGCAUUCUAUCUGCCACACAUGUAUUUUAGAGAAUAUGAAACGGAACCAAGAGUAACGUUUUUACUGAAGAGAGAUGAUUUUAUGACCUAGUAAAACCAUAUAACUAAAAUAUGUUGAUAUAACCGUGCUUUCUUGUCUGCGAGAUUGCAGCAUUUGUCCCCGGCGCAAAUCUGUUUAUAAAAGGUUAUAUGCACUGGCAUGAGUCACAUAGACUUAUAUAAUAUCUCUCUGAACCAAGUGGUACUGGUUUUAAUGUUUUUAAUCUAAAAUAAAUCUAACAUAGGUCUUCUACUUAAAGGGAUUUAAAACCCCAAUUUUUUCUUUCAUGAUUCUGAUAGAGCAGUAAUUUUAAGCACCUUUCUAAUUUACUUAUAUUAUUAAUUUGUCUUCAUUCUCUUGGUAUCUUUAUUUGUAAAAGCAGGAAUGUAAGCGUAGAAGCCGGACCAUUUUUGUUUCAGCACCUGGGUAGCGAUUGCUGAUUGGUGGUUAAAUGUAGCUGCCUCCUAAGCCUACAUUACUGCUUUUUCAAAUAAAGAUAUCAAGAGAACAAAGAAAAUUGAUAAUAGGAGUAAAUUAGAAAGUUGAUUAAAAUUGCCUGCUCUAUCCGAAUCAUGGAAUAAAAAAUGUGGGUUUCAUAUCCCUUUAAGAACAGUUUGUGUUAUCAAACUGGAGAUUAGAAAAGCACAAUAUUUUUUAUUUUGUUAUUUUAACAAUUUUAUAAGCACAAGAAGCUAAUUUCAGGGAAUACAAGCUUCAUGAUAUUAAUGACACUGUGUGGUCUAAUAAUGGCAUUUCUGUGUCUAUAUUUUAGAUGGCAGUCUUUUUUUGUACACAAAAUAUUUUGUGAGUUUUUUACUCCGAUACCCAACAUUCUAACGAAGGCUCAAAUGUCUCGAAGUUCUGUGUCUAAGCUACAUGUAAUAUUCUAGCAAACAUUUUGUUCACUGUCUGCUCACAAAUUAAUAAUUAAUUAUUUUUCUUCCCAUUAAGUUUUUAUAGGAGACUAAAAAAAUAACCUAGUUUUCUAGUUUACAAAAACACUUUUUGAAGCACUUCUGUAUCCCAAGCUAAAUAAAUACAUUGUAUUUUUUUUAAAUGUUUUGCGUUUCACGUUUUUGUUUUGUUUUUUAGGGGGGUGGUGUGUUUUUUUUUUUUUAACUAAGUUUAAAAAGAAAAUUGGGACAAUAUUAAAAUUGGUACACUAUAGACACUGAUAAAACUAUACAGAACACAAGUAUGUCAUCCAUACCUCUACCUCUCAUUUUAGUUUUUUUGCCUUGUGUUACUGUAUUUUUCAUUUGUCUUUAAUGUAAAUAUGUAGACCACAAGCUUUUACAUGUACUAAUAUAAAAACAUCUGAAGUGGAUCGAUUACACCUUUAUGUGCCUUCACAAGACCCAUGUUUUAUCUAUAUUUUUUUUUAGUUAACUUAAUACAUUUAUUAGAUGUUUCGUCUGAGAUUUUUAAAUAAAAUUUCAACUAAAACAAA